CAUCGUGUCACGUAACGCGGCGCUGAUCCAUUUCGAAAAAGCAGCCAGUGAACAACCACGCUGGACCACUCGUCUUCCCGAGCGCUUUCCUUCCCCCGGCAUGCACAAGAUACUACCAUUCUAGCUUAUGACUCAGUCGCCUUCAGAUAGUCGCAAGCCAGGUUGAUCGGAAAUAAAAGCGAUUUUUAGGUGCCCCCACAACCUCGGGUGGGGUUGCAUCGUGAUAGAUACAUCGAGCUCCAAACGGGUGAUCCACCUCCGAUAUAAGAUUGGAGUACGGCUGACUCUGACCUGUUCAUUUUACUUUGUGUCAGUGACACUGUUUGGUACCUCUUUUUGGACCCCCUGAGUUUCUACGAUGGCAUAUCACAUACCUCUAAAGGACAAACAGUCACCCAUUGUGAUUGUGGGUGCAGGUGUCUUUGGCCUCAGCAGUGCCAUCCAUCUAGCCAAGAGAGGAUUCACAGAUAUCACGGUCUUCGACCGACAGCCAUACCAUCAGACACACUACGACUUCGACAAAGGCUGCGAUGCGGCUUCUGCAGACUGUAACAAGAUCAUCCGUGCAGCGUAUGGUGACGAGGUUUGGUACCAGAAUCUGACUCUCAAGGCAAUCGAGGCCUGGGAAUCAUGGAACCGGUCUCUCACAGAAGGAACAAUAAUGCCACCAGGAAUGGCAAGCAAUGACCGGAUCUAUGUCAACUGUGGUAAUUAUCAUUUCGGGGACGCGGCCAAUGGUCUCAACGACUUCGAGAAGCUGUCGGUGGACAACAUUACGAAGGCUGGUCACGGCCAUACACAGUACCUGCUGUAUUCCGGUCCAAAGGAGGUGGCACGCGCCAGGGCGAAUGGGUUUAGCUACGCGGUGGAUCCGUUCGGUCUCUCCAAAGAUGGAGCAUAUCAGGGCUAUCUGGAUAUGAUCGGUGGAUUUGUUUAUGCUGACAAAGCUUGCACCUAUGCCCUCCAUCUCGCGAAGGGGCUGGGUGUGAAACUGGUCCUGGAUAGGCAGGCGGGUAGCUUUGAAAGCUUCUUAGAAGAUCCAGCAGGCAGAGUGGUCGGCAUCAAGACGGCCGACGGCAAACAGCACAAGGCCGCAGCGACGAUUGUUGCGUGUGGAGGCUGGACACCCAGUCUGGUUCCUGAGAUUGAUGGCCUCUGCGAGACCACAGCCGGAUCCAUCGCCAUGAUCCAGAUCCCAGAAGGAUCUCCCCUGCGGGAACGUUUCUCACCGGACAAGUUUCCCGUGUUCCAGUGGAAUACGCGGGCCGGGGAAAAUGGUAAUCUGUACGGAUUCCCGCUGGAUAGUCGCGGUGUGAUGAAGAUCGGGUACAGAGGGACUAAGUAUACGAAUCCACAACAAGUCCAGUCGGGUCAAGUGCGUAGUGUCCCCAUCACGAAGUGGACAUCGCCGUUCAUUACCGGGUUGCCGGAGAAGUCCGUCCAGGUCGUUCAGAGCUUUCUAGACAAGUAUCUUCCCGAAUUGAAGCAGGGUGGGAUCGGAAUCUCACAAACCAGACUGUGCUGGUACACGGACUCGUUUGAUAACAAUUGGGUGAUUGAUAGCAUCCCAGGCAAGGAAGGGGUCAUUGUGGCUACAGGUGGCAGUGGUCACGCUUUCAAGUUCCUACCUUUACUUGGCGAGUUCGUCGCCGACAAGGUGAUGGGGAUCGAGUCAGACAUGCUGCGCAGAUUCCAGUGGCGGGAAGUACCGCAUGGGGAAACGCCUCGUAACCAGCUCAUGAAGGGUUUCGAUGAUGCAAAUGCUCUCCACCGAGUGCGGAUGGUGCCUGACCACAUCAGCCAGUAUAAUUCUAAACUCUAGGAUCGAAUUGACGACUAGUUCACAUAAGCCAGUGACACGGCUGGGGAAAGAAGCUGUCAAGAUGUGCAAUAUUCCAUCGUCGUAGAGAUUAUCAAUCCAUCCCUUAUAGUCUCGUGUGCUCUUACAACUUGACAAACGUCGUGGCAACAUUCUGGUCUGUUUUGGUGAUCCUUAUUAGGGUUAUUCUUUGCUUUGAAGAAUGGGGCGAAGAUAGUUUAUAUAUACAGCCUGGCAAUUGAGAUUGAGCUCAACCGUCGGAGAUUUGUAGGUACUGAAGGCUAUCGUAACCUUGCGACAAUAGCAAGA